GCUCCCGCCGCCGCCGCCGCCCCGCCCGCCGCCGCCAUGGCCGGUAAGUCCCGCAGCGGCUGCGAGGCGCUGAAGGUGGUGGCCCGGUGCCGGCCGAUGAGCAGGAAGGAGGAGGCGGCGGGUUACGAGCGCGUCCUGGAGCUGGACGUGAAGCUGGGGCAGGUGAGCAUCCGAAACCCCCGCGCCUCCCCCGGGGAGCUGCCCAAGACCUUCACCUUCGACGCCGUGUACGACGCCAGCUCCAAGCAGGCCGACCUCUACGACGAGACGGUGCGGCCGCUGAUCGACUCGGUGCUGCAGGGCUUCAAUGGCACCAUCUUCGCCUACGGCCAAACCGGGACCGGCAAGACCUACACCAUGCAGGGGGCCUGGGCGGAGCCCGAGAAGAGGGGCAUCAUCCCCAGCUCCUUCGAGCACAUCUUCACCCAUAUCUCCCGCUCGCAGAACCAGCAGUACCUGGUGAGGGCCUCUUACCUGGAGAUCUACCAGGAGGAGAUCAGGGACCUCCUCGCCAAGGACCAGAGCAAGAAGCUGGAGCUGAAGGAGAACCCUGAGACCGGGGUGUACAUCAAGGACCUCUCCUCCUUCGUCACCAAGAACGUGAAGGAGAUCGAACAUGUGAUGAACCUGGGGAGCCAGACACGCUCUGUGGGCAGCACCAACAUGAACGAGCACAGCUCCCGCUCCCACGCCAUCUUCCUCAUCACCAUCGAGUGCAGCGAGCCGGGGCCAGACGGAGAGGAGCACAUCCGCGUGGGCAAGCUCAACCUCGUGGACCUGGCCGGCAGUGAGCGCCAGAGCAAGAUGGGCACCCAUGGAGAGCGUCCCAAGGAAGCGUCCAAGAUCAACCUCUCCCUCUCUGCCCUGGGCAAUGUCAUCUCUGCACUUGUGGAUGGCAAGAGCACGCACAUCCCCUACCGGGACUCCAAGCUGACGCGCCUGCUGCAGGACUCCCUUGGAGGCAACGCCAAGACAAUCAUGGUGGCCACCUUGGGCCCAGCCUCUCACAGCUACGAUGAAAGCCUCUCCACCCUCAGGUUCGCCAACAGGGCCAAGAACAUCAAGAACAAGCCCCGAGUAAACGAGGACCCCAAGGACACGUUGCUGCGGGAGUUUCAGGAGGAGAUCGUGCGGCUGAAGGCGCAGCUGGAGAAACGUGGCAUGUUAGGGAGGAAGAGGAGGAGGAGCAGCCGGAGGAAGAAAGCAGUGGACGGAGAAAGCGCCACAGAGAACGAAGGGGAAGAUGACAAUGAGGAUGGCCUGGAGAAGAACAUGGAGAAUUACCUGAAGGAGCAGAAGGAGAGGCUGGAAGAGGAGAAAGCUGCUAUCCAGGAUGACCACAGCCUGGUGAGCGAGGAGAAGCAGAAGCUGCUGCAGGAGAAGGAGAAGAUGAUAGAGGAUCUGCGGAAGGAACAAGAGGCCACAGAGCUGUUGGCCACCAAGUACAAGGCAAUGGAGAGCAAACUGCUCAUCGGUGGCAGGACCAUCGUGGACCACACCAAUGAACAGCAGAAGAUGCUGGAGCUGAAGCGGCAGGAGAUCGCUGAGCAGAAACGCCGGGAGAGGGAGAUGCAGCAGGAAAUGCUGCUACGGGACGAGGAGACCAUGGAGCUGCGGGAGACUUACACCUCCCUGCAGCAGGAGGUGGAGAUCAAAACCAAGAAGCUGAAGAAGCUCUAUGCCAAGCUGCAGGCCGUGAAGGCAGAGAUCCAGGACCAGCACGAGGAGUACAUCCGUGUGCGCCAGGACCUGGAGGAGGCCCAGAACGAGCAGACGCGGGAGCUGAAGCUCAAGUACUUGAUCAUUGAGAACUUCAUCCCACCAGAAGAGAAGAACAAGAUCAUGAACCGCCUGUACUUCGACGGUGAGGAGGACCAGUGGAAGUUCCAGCCCCUGGUGCCCACUGGAGGGAACAGCAGCCAAAUGAAGAGGCGACCGACCUCUGCCGUGGGCUACAAGAGGCCCAUCAGCCAAUACGCCCGUGUGGCCAUGGCCAUGGGGCCUCACCCGCGGUAUCGAGCUGAGAACAUCAUGUUCUUGGAACUGGACCUCUCCCCUCCGGCCAUAUUUGAGUUCGAACGGAGCAGGGACCCAGCAGAGCAGGACCCUCGGGCUCUGCACCUGGAGAGGCUGAUGCACCUGGACAGCUUCCUGGAGCGGCCAGCGGCCUCUCGCCUCAGGAAGUCCCGCUCUUGGUGCCCGACGCCGCGGUCGCUGCCGCCCUCCACCACGCAGGUGUCCCUCAGCGCCGCUUCCCCGUGCGCCGCCGCUGCUGCAGCCCCUCAGGAGUGACGCCGGGAGCCCUCGUGCCCCCAAAGGGCCCCUCGGCAGCGCCACCACCCCCCACCUCCUCUUUGUCUUCAGCUACUUUGUGUGCACCUGUGUUUGUGUGAGACGCUCACGAACAGCCCCCAGGGGCGAGAGGAGCUGCUCCCCCCAACCCCUUCUGCCCCAUUCUCCCCCUUCCCCCAUCCGGACCUGUCACUUUAUUUAUUUAAGGUAUUUAUUUAUGGAGCGGUUGAUGCGCAGAGGCAGGAGCUGCGCUCGGACUGGUGCCAUCCCAGGCUGUCAGUGGGCACCACACGCAGCUCCAGAGACACCGUGGCGGCACUGCUGGGGCCGGGGUGGGCACCGCUGGGUGCUGCCCAUCAUCCUGCAGCACAGAGCAGGCAGGAGAGGGCACAUGCCCCUCUCUGGCAGCUUUGGCAGAAGGUGAGGCAGCCCCGGACAUUGAUGCUGCGUUUGCUUCACUGGAUCUCCGGGAAUUUGGUGAUUUCUACAAGGAUUUGGAGACUUUGUGGUGGCAGCACCUUGCACUGGGCUUGUCAGAGGCACGGAGGGACUCUCCAGAUUACAUCAACACUGAUGAGUUCUGGACACAGCCGUGGUGCCAGCAGGGCCCGCUCCACCCGCAGAGAGGGCUCACAGAUGAACCAAACCAAGUCAGUCCCGACGGUGCUGGGACGUUUUGCACCUGAGCCAGGCGCCGGAGGCAGCUGCCCUGCCCUGGCACCCACCCUGCUCCCAGCUCUGACCGAGUGCUGGUAACUCCUCAUGGCACUAACAGGAGGUGGAAAUCUGUCCCCUUUCCACCUGCCUCCUCCCAAAGAUGCACACAUUCUGGGGAGGACCAGCAGCAAGUGUGUGCACUGUCCUGGUGACAGUGGGGGAAUGCAGGGGAUGAUGGUGAUACCCAGAGGAGCGAUGUCAACGUCACUCUGCUCUGGGCUGGGUGGUACCACGUGAAGGUCACCUCGUAGUUGGGAGAAAUUCCCUGGUCAUGAAAGGAUGGCCAUGAAACGGGUAAUGGAGAGAGGGGUCAAGGCAGGAGGCCAUGCUGGCACCUGCACCCCAGCCCAGGCAGCAGCACACACAGGUGCCAGGAUAUCGCUUGGAGUUCCUGAGCUGUUCAGCUUCCAGCACUUGGAUUGAUGGUGGGUGGGCUCUUGUUGAAGACCAUCCCUGGCAGCAGCAGCCCUGGUGUCCCUGGGACGGUGUCCAGCUGUGCAGAGCUGAGGGGAAUCCAUCUGUCUGGGGGAUCCUGAGGGAGGGAGGUGGGGAGUGACCACUCAGUUCAUUUGGGAGGGUCCAGGUCUUCAGAGGGAUGUGUGUGAGGCCAGUCCCUGGGAGAGCAGGUCUGAGAAGAUUGCAGGUAGGGAUUUUCUCCUGGUGUCCUCUGGUGAUGAAGGGAAUUUCUCCCACUAGAGGAGUGAUCAGAGCUCAGCUCCGUAGGUCCUGUGUGGAGGAACGGGGGUGAGGGAGAGGGAAUGAACAUAGAGCAGAAAUAUCAGGAGAGGAAACAACAGCUGUUUUUGCUUCAGGGCCCUGCAAGUGCCACCCAGCACCAGUGGCCCAUCAACACGAUCCAUGUGUGAGACUGGGGCACCCUCAGACCAUCUUACCCAUCUCCUGACACUUCCCCUGCUCUGCUGUGGGUGUCUUCUCCCCAUCCCCUGUCACACUGUUUCCCCUCAUGUUCUUGGCCAUUUCUCCCUGACACCAUCUCCCCUUCUCCACCUGUGCCCCCAGAACACCUUCUGCCUCUCCGAAGUCUUUGUCCCCUUUCACUCCCCCAGCAGCUUUGUGGCAGGCAACGUUGGAAGCUGUAGGUUGCUCCCAGGACCGAGCUUACAGCUACUGAGCAGCAGCUGGGUCUGGUCUGUGCUCAGCCCAGGGAGGAGGGUGCAGGAGGAGGGAUGCUGCAGGAGUGAGAGAUGGGUCCCUUCCAUGGCCAGAGGUGAGCGCCUCUUGUCCACAGGGACCUCCAGCAGCUGUUGCCCAUGUGCUCCUUAUGGCAUGAGGUGCUCUGGCCCCAGGAAACCUGGUGGAUGAGAGAUCCAUUUUUUUAUUCAGCUUUCAGGGUCACUCCUGGGAACUGGGAUCUGUAACCAGAGACCUCAGAAAGGGGAGAAGCUGUCUGCAGAGGGACCUGCAGAAAUAGAUUUUCUUCCCCUCCUUGUUUUCUGAUGGCACUAACUUCACCCUCAGGCUGAUCAGCAGAUCAUGGGGUCCUGAGAUGAUGAGCAGGCGACACUGUCACCUCCAUUCCCUGCCCAGGGCAUGGGAAACAAGGCUCAAGAGUGAAUGGUGACCUCUCCUUUCCCUGGCCUGCCCAGGCCAUGAAGCAGCAUGUUGAGGGGUAGAUGUCGCCACUUGUUUUGACUAUGUGUAAAGAAGGGCACUGGUACUGGGGAAGGGCUGAGGGGAGGAGAUUUGGCCUCAGGGGAAGUUGGGGUGAGUCAGUCUCUGCUCCUGAGCUACAAGUGACAGGACAAGAGGAAAUGGCCUCAGGUUGCCCCAGGGGAGGUUUAGAUUGGAGCCGAGGCAGAGCUUUUUCCCUGAGAGGGUUGUCAGCCCCUGUCCCAGGCUGCCCAGGGAGCUGGUGGAGUCCCCAUCCCUGGAGCUAUUGCAAAGCCGUGUAGCUGAGGUGCUGAGGGACGUGGGUUAGUGGUGGGCUUGGCAGGGUGAGGGGAGGGGUGGACUUGAUGAGCUUAAAAGAUCUUUUCCAACCAAAACAAUUCUAUGGUUCUGUGUGCUCCACACCAUCCUCCCAUGGCACACAUCAAGUCUUCACCUGUCCCAGGGCAAAGGAGAGGCCCAGCAGGACUGGCUAUGGUGGGAUCCCCAUGGAAGCCCUUCCAGCAGAGCACAGGAUGAAGGUGCAUGUGCCCAGGGCAGGGGACAGGGAGAGCUGCUGCUGACAUCCAAAUGCCACUUGUAGCAUCUGUUGGAUGUGUGAGGCCACUGGUCUCCUGUGCAGUCAUCAGUCUUCUGUGGGGCCAUCUGUCUCCUGUGGGGCUUUUGGUUUCCUGUGGGGCCAUCGGUAUCCCAUGGAGCCAUCAGUCUCAUGCCCUUGCUGUCUUGCCGCACCACUGCCAACGACCUCCCAACCUCCUGAGCACAACCUCCCGGGGAGGCCGUAAGCAGCCGCCAGUGACCUGAGCUGGGAGCAGUUUCCCUGUGCCUCGGGUGCCCCACAGCCUCUCUGCAUGGCUGCAGAGGCCUCAGCUGUACAUUUGUAACGUCUUUUGGUCUUUGUGUGGGGGGGGUGUGUGUGUAUUUACGUACGAGCGUGUGCGGGUGUGUGUGGGCACGCGUGGAGCCGAGGGAUCCAUCUACCAUCAACGUGGGUGACUGCACAGGGGGCAAAGCCUGGAGGGGGGGUGGGACAUGAGGCUUUUUUGGUUGUCGUUUCCUCAUUUAGUUAUUUUGGGUUUCAGGUUUGGUUGGAGGUCUUUGUUUUCCAUGAGGGGGUGGGUUUGGGGUGUUUCGGGUUGAUUGACAAGGUGAGGGCCUUGAUUAGGACCAAAUUUUCGUGCCUGUUGCUCUGGUGAUUUAUUUAGAAAUCAAAAGUUUACUGUAUGGUGGCCCAUCCUUGUCACUCUAUACAUAUGAAUAUACAGGACAUAUUAUAAAUAUAUAUAUAUUAUACAUACUGUGUGGAGAGAGGUCACGAACCUCCCGCUCCCUCUGGCUUUGGAUGGACACCUCUUCAACCUGCUGUAACGUAGCUUUGAUGUGGUGCUGGGAACGACCAAAAAGCACCAGCACCCUCCCGAAACUGGCAGUGACACCAAUAAAGGAAUGAGCAUCAUUG